CCCGGAAGUGUCGCUGAAGGAGAGGCUGAUGAUAACAACACAGCUAACUAGACAGUUUGGCUAUUAGAACGGUGACAAGAAAGGCUCUUGUCACUCUGGGGACUCUUGGAGCUUCUCUCUCUCUCUCUCUUCUCUCUGUGUGUGUGUGUGUGUGUGUGUGUGUGUGUGUGUGUGAAAGAGAAAGAUAAGAACAAGUGAGUGUGUGUUCUCUGCACCUCCUUGGAGGAUGACCAUGGAAGAGAUGAGGAUUGAAACCGAGACAAACUCCAUGGUCUCCAUGACGCUAUACGCUGUCAUGUACCCAGUUUUUAACGAGCUGGAGAGGAUCAACUUGUCAGCUGCCCAGACACUGAGGGCAGCCUUCAUCAAGGCGGAGAGGGAGAACCCAGGCCUAACUCAGGACAUCAUAAUGAAAAUUCUGGAGAAGAAAAACGUUCAGAUAAACUACACAGAGUCUCUGCUGCGCAUGGCUGCAGAUGACGUGGAAGAGUUCUUAGUGGACAGGCCAGAGCAGGAGUUCCAGGACCUAAAUGAGAAAUCCAGAGCUCUGAAACACAUCCUCAGUAAGAUACCUGACGAGAUCAACGACAGGGUACGCUUCCUACAGACAAUUAAAGACAUCGCCAGUGCUAUAAAGGAGCUCCUGGAUACAGUCAAUAACGUCUUUAAGAAAUACCACUACCAGAACCGCAGGGCUCUUGAGCACCAGAAGAAGGAGUUUGUCAAAUACUCCAAAAGCUUCAGCGACACUCUCAAAACAUACUUCAAAGAUGGAAAGGCGAUCAACGUGUUCAUCAGUGCGAACAGACUGAUCCACCAAACCAACCUCAUUCUGCAGACCUUCAAGACCGUCUCAUAGGCUUGCCUUGGAGAGGCCAUCCAAUCUUCCAACAAAGCAACAUUAAAAAUGGCAUAUGUUCGGAGAGCACCUUUUACCAGAUUCAAAUGUACUAUAGAGGCUUGAUUUUUACCGGACAGUUUUAAUUUAUACACUUGAGGUGUGUUCAAAAAGGCUGAUGUUAGCAGUGAAAUACGUCAGCUUUUAAACUGUUAGCUAAUGUUAGUGAAUGUUUAAUGGCCAAAAUCUAGCUGAAGAACUUCAGCAUAUGUGAUAGCUUUUUUACUUAUCCCUAGCUACUGUUUAAUUGUUUGAAUCAGCAUUUUAACGUUUAGGGACAGUCUUGUUGAUCGGGCUGUGACGAUAACAGUAUGACAAUAUUUUUUCCAUUUUUCUUUGGUCCUAUAAAAACCUGCUGUAUGUAAAAUAUUCUGUGCUAUAUCUUAGAAAAUAAAUAAAUGUGACAA